AUGGUGGAGCUGCUGAAGAGGCACGCUCAGCAGCUGUUGGUGGAAGAAGUUCCUCCUGAGCAGAAACACUCCAGCCUGGACCAGGACCAGCACCAGGGCCAGGAGCCCCCACACAUUAAAGAGGAACAGGAGGAACCUUGGACCAGUCAGCAGGGAGAGCAGCUUCAGGGGCUGGAGGAGGCUGAUAUCACCAAGUUCACAUUCACUCCUGUCCCUGUGAAGAGUGAAGAAGAUGAAGAGAAACCUCAGUCCUCACAGCUUCAUCAAACACAAACUGAACAGAUGGAAACAGAAGCUGAUGGAGAGGACUGUGGAGGACCAGAACCACUCAGGACCGGCGGUCCACAUCGUCUCUUACGGCCCGUCGGCGAGGACGGAGACUCAUCCGUCCCUGUGAAGACUGAAGAAGACGAAGCUUCAGAAGCUGCUGGAGAGGACUGUGGAGGACCAGGACCACUCAGGACCGAUGAUCCAGAUGGUCUCGAGUCUUCACAGGACUCUGAAGCUGAGACUGAAGACAGCUGGGACUGGGAGGGGACGAGGAGACCUCAGUCCGGUUUAAACUCUCUGCAGAACGAUGAAGAGUCUCUUUGUGAUGCGGACUUUGAUCCUCUAAAAACCUCAGUAAACUCCUCUGAAUCUGACGGGAACUUCUGUCACAACGGAGAUCUGCAGGAACACUUAGGAACCCAAACGGGAGAGAAACAGUUUCUUUGCUCUGUCUGUGGUAAAACAUUUUUCAAAAGGUCAAAUUUGACUUUGCACUUAAGAGUUCAUGCAGAGUUUAAACGUUACAGCUGCCCAGUUUGUAAAACAGCUUUUAAAUGGAGAGGAGAGUUUGUGAAGCACAUUAGGAUCCACACGGGAGAGAAACCGUUCAGCUGCUCAGUUUGUAGUAAAACAUUUGCUCAAAAGCAAAAUCUGAACAAACACAUGAUCGUCCACAACGAGGAGAAACCGUUCAGCUGCUCGCUUUGUAAUAAAAAGUUCACACAAAGUCAAUCUCUGAAGCAGCACCUGGCCGUCCACACAGGAGAGAAACCGUUCAGCUGCUCUGAGUGUGAGCAAAGAUUUCCCCUCAAGAAAACUCUGCAGCGGCACAUGAGAACUCAUACAGAAAAGAAACCUUACAGCUGCUCAGUCUGUAAAAAAGAUUUCACACAUAAUGGGAACUUGCAGUUACACAUGAGAGUCCACACGGGAGAGAAACCGUUCAGCUGCUCCGUCUGCGAGAAAUCAUUCUCACGCAAAGAUUAUUUGCUGACACACAUGAGAUUCCACACGGGAGAUAGACGGUAUAUCUGCUCUGAGUGUGGGAAAAGAUUUAUAGACAGCGGAACUCUGAAGAUACAUAUGAGGAACCACACAGGAGAGAAACCGUACAGCUGCUCCGUCUGUGAGAAAUCUUUCACAGAGAGUGGACGUCUAAAGGCACACAUGAAAAGCCACACAGGAGAGAAACCGUUCGGCUGCUCCGUGUGUCGGCAGAGAUUCGCCCUGAAGGGAACGCUACAAGCGCACAUGAGGACACACACAGGAGAGAAACCGUUCAGCUGCUCCGUCUGCAGGAAAUCUUACAGAGGGGGUUCUCAAUUAAAGACACACAUGAGAAUCCACACGGGAGAGAAACCCUUCAGCUGCUCCAUAUGUGAGAAAUCCUUCACAGAGAGUGGAACUUUACUGAGACACAUGAGAGUUCACACAGGAGAGAAACCGUUCAGCUGCUCCGUCUGCCAGAAGUCUUUUACACAGAGUGCAGGUUUGAAGAAACACAUGAAAACCCACAAAGAACGGGAGUGACUCUGACUGAUGCUGGACACUCUGCUCUGUUUCUGUCAGUAGAAUUAUUGAUAUUAUGAUAAAUGAUCUGCAGUUGUUCAUUUGGAUGUUUCAAUGUUCUGCGGUGUCGUAAAGCUUCCCAGAUCAAUAUAGCGUCAAAAUAAACAUUAAGAUGUACACAUCCCUUAGCUUAACUUUUGUUGUUGAGAAAUGUAGAAAAAUAUUUAUUUAAAUCCAAACGUCAUGAAAAUCUUCAAGUUCUUCCAAAAGUUUUCCUGCAAGUCAACACUUGAAUGCUGCGUCUCAUUCUAAAGCUGCUUUAUAUGAAAAAGUGCUGUUGGUGGAUCCCAUCAGUGUUGGUGGAUCCCGUCAGUGUUUGUGGAUCCCAUCUGUGUUGGUGGAU